AUGACGGUUCACAAUAAACGUCAUAUUUUUAUUGUCCUUGGAAACUUCGUUUGUGAAACUUGCGGAAAAACAUACAAACAUUCCAGAUCUUUGAGAAAACAUGAAAGGUUUGAAUGUCAAAAAGAGCCACAAUUCGUUUGUGUGUACUGUCCUUAUAAAGCUAAGCUAAGAGGAAAUUUAAGGAAACAUAUUAUGGUCAAGCAUCGCGAGGAAUGGACGUCAGGAGCAGCGAAAAUAUAUGUACAGAGAAGAAAAGAAAGAAAAAUGAAGAAUGAAAUUUCUAGUUAUCUCAGACGCCCAAGGGGCAAAGGACAAUUCGGAUGCGUAUGUGGAAAGAGUUACUACGAAAAAAAGAACUUAGUGCGACAUCAAAAGUUAAAGUGCAGUUUCUACCAACAAGAGGAAUUUUUGACAAUAACUACGCCCGAUUUUAAUUAUGACUAA